CGGAGGUUAAGAACUACAGGGAGAGGCGAGAGAGACUACGACCGCCCUACGGCUAGAGCGGCCACGAAGAAAACACUUCCGGGGUGGGGCUAUCUGGCUCUUUCUCUUCCGCGUGGGGAAUGUGGGCCGCCUGUAAAGUUAAGGUUCACGAUUUCUUGGCCACCACUUCCAUCACUCUAAGACGGUGCCUGAGAUUGGGGGCAACCAUGGCAAAAAGCAAGUUCGAGUACGUGAGGGACUUCGAGGCUGAUGACACCUGCUUGGCCCACUGCUGGGUGGUAGUGCGGCUGGACGGCAGGAAUUUCCAUCGGUUUGCCGAGAAGCACAACUUUGCAAAACCUAAUGACAGCCGUGCUCUCCACCUGAUGACCAAAUGUGCCCAGACCGUGAUGGAAGAACUAGAGGAUAUUGUGAUUGCAUAUGGACAGAGUGAUGAGUACAGCUUUGUGUUCAAGCGGAAAACCAAUUGGUUUAAAAGAAGAGCCAGUAAGUUCAUGACUCACGUGGCCUCCCAGUUCGCCUCCAGCUAUGUGUUUUAUUGGCGGAAUUACUUUGAGGACCAGCCCCUUCUGUAUCCCCCAGGCUUUGAUGGAAGAGUCGUGGUGUAUCCUAGCAACCAGACCUUAAAGGACUACCUCAGCUGGCGACAAGCAGAUUGUCACAUCAACAAUCUUUAUAAUACAGUAUUCUGGGCACUUAUACAACAAUCUGGACUAACACCAGUAGAAGCCCAAGGGAGAUUACAGGGAACUCUUGCAGCAGACAAGAACGAGAUUUUGUUUUCUGAAUUCAAUAUAAACUAUAAUAAUGAGCCGCUGAUAUAUAGGAAAGGGACGGUGCUGAUAUGGCAGAAGGUGGAUGAAGUCAUGACAAAAGAAAUUAAGCUGCCAACAGAAAUGGAAGGAAAAAAGAUGUCAGUGACCCGAACCAGGACUAAACCAGUGCCCUUUCACUGCGAUAUCAUUGGGGAUGCUUUCUGGAAGGAACAUCCAGAGAUUCUAGAUGAAGACAGCUGACCCUUUGCUCUUCAGUUCUGGUGUACUUAACCAUGCAAGCCUUCCCGCCUCCCAGGGCUCCCUGCCUUAGGUGGCCAUAGCAUCCCUACCACCCAGAACACUGGCAUGAAUGACACGACUUAAAUUGGGAGGGGAACAGGCAAGGAAGGAUGGAUGGGGGUGGUGGAUCUUAUUCUGUUUAAGCAGAACACCUUGUUUGCAGUGUGGGAACAUGGUUCCUUUGGCAGAAGUGCUUUUUUUUUUUUUAAAUCGCAGUACUAUUUUUAUAAAGCAAGAACUAUUUCAUGCCUUGCAGAGUGAAUCAUUUUUAGAUUGUGACACAUAUCUUGUAAAAACCUGUCAGUUCUUUUCACCUGUGAGAGAAGAGGAGCCCAAACUCUCGCCCACCUGUUCUUAACCAGAAAACCCACUGACUUUGAAAGUCUCACUUCUGCUACCCAUGUACUUGAAUUCAUCUUUGCCAGACCUGAAGAUAAAUAUGGGUUAAUGCCUGCAUGAUGCCUCUGGAUUCAGGAAUUGCAGGGAAUACUCAGGGCUUUGUGCCAGUCUCCACGUUGGCAACUUUGGCUGAACAAAUGAGGUGUGGUUUCAAUGUCCUUGUGUACACAUUCUGUGGAUUGAUUUAAUGGAGUUGUCAGCAUGAUCAUCAUCUUUUAGCCAGGGGCAUAGUUUCUCAGGCCAUUUACCUCUUUCUAAGAAGAAACAGAAUUACGUGUAUAUAUGAGAGAAAAACAAGAAUGAAUGAAUGAGGUUGGAGAAACAUUUACUCCAUGUACUCAAGAUAUUAGUUUUAAAAGUCCCUUUCCUGUUAAACUUCCUGAAAAAGAUUCUCAGCCUCUGUAUAGUCAGAAAAAUGACAUGUGAGUUCAAGAGCAGAGGGGUAAUUGACACCUGCUGUCAAUUAGCAGGUAAUGCUUCUGCUCAUUGACAGGUAGCAGGUGUCAGAAGAGUCAUAUGUAGUAUUAAUAGCUCCACUUUCUGCUGGGCCAGUGGAGAUGGGUGAGAAGCAGAGAGCAGCAGGCAUUAUACGUAGCCAAAUUUGGCCUCUGAAAGGGGAAGGUAUUGGGAAUAGGUGGUGAGAGAACUCAUUUUUCUCUUGUCCUGUUUUUAUAUUUUGGAGGGAAAGAAUUAUUUGGCCCUAUUAAAAAUAAAGAGGCCAGGCACGGUGACUCUCGCCUAUAAUCCCAGCACUUUGGGAGGCUGAGGCAGGCAGAUGACCUGAGGUCGGGAGUUCGAGACCAGCCUGACCAACAUGGAGGAAUCCUGUCUCUACUAAAAGCACAAAAAAUUAGCUGGGCAUGGUGGGGGUAUGCCUGCAAUCCUAGCUACUCAGGAGGCUGAGGCAGGAGAAUCACUUGAACCUGGUAGCUGGAGGUUGCAGUGAGCUGACAUUGCACUAUUGCACUCCAGCCUGAGUGACUAACGAAACCGUCUCCCCCCAAAAAAGACAUGGCUGGGCAUAGUGGCUCACAUCUGUAAUCCCAGCACUUUGGGAGGCUGAGUUGGGUAGAUCACUUGAGGCCAGGAGUUUGAGACCAGCAUGGCCAACAUGGCAAAACUCCAUCUGCACUAAAAAUACAAAAAUUAGUCUGGUGUGGUGGCACAUGCCUGUAAUUCCAGCUCCUCAGGAGGCUGAAGCAGGAUAAUCGCUUGAACCUGGUAGCUGGAGGUUGCAGUGAGCUGAGAUCAUGCCACCGCACUCCAGACAGCAAAACUCUGUCUAAAAAAAAAAAAGAGAGAGACAGCCCAUGUCCCAGUGCCUCGUCUUGCACUGCAGAAUUUACAGUCAGGAAUAAAUGUAUUUUUGAAAGGGUGAUGGCUGGACUCAUCCCUCACUAAUUGACACCCCAUCUGUCGAUGCCAUUUUUUCCCUUCCUGUUCUCACUCCACAGAAACAGGAGAUACGGCUCUUGUUUGGUAAUUGCUAAAAUCUCUUUGAGGAAAGAAAUAAAGAUGUCAACUC